UAAAAAUGGGAACUACAUUUGCAGUCUUCCAUACCUCAGGUAGUUGCCCAGUUUCCAGGGACGUGCUGAAGAUUGUGGUUAAUGGCACACACAGUAUAUCUGCUCCCUCUCUGAGGACCCACGGAGAGAUGUUGUCUGGUCCCAUCGCCUUUGAGGAUGAACAACCGUGAAGACACAAGCAAUGGCGGGAAAAGUGAGAAAAACGACGCUUUUGGCGGGAAAUACGAAGACAAUAAUCUAGGGAAGAAGUGUGGGUGGGGGAGUGGACCGGAGGCCGCCCAUCACGCCCACUUCUUGCGGGCGGUCCUGGACCUUCUGGUGGAGAAGGCUGUGUUUUCCGGCACUGACAGGUCAUCCAAGGUGGUGGAGUGGGUUGAACCAUCUGAGCUGCAGCAGCGCCUCCAGCUGGACCUAGGUGAUGAUGGUGUGACCCAAGGUGACCUCCUGCGUCACCUGGACCAGGUGGUCAGGUACAGCGUCAAGACAGGUCACCCAUACUUCAUCAACCAGCUCUUCUCCAGGCCAGUACAUCACUGUCCUGAUGUCAAGGUAAUGUACCAGCUGUACGCCGCUGUUACUGCCAGGUAUGGCAUCACAGGUCCUGAUGCAAGUGAAAGUCACGGUUUUCUACCUUUGUCUAUCACUUGUGUCAAAAUCUCACUUUCACAGCACUGCAACCUUUGUUCACUUCAACAGGACAAGUUCUACGACACGUCUUACGACGUGGGAGACAAGCACCUGCAGUGUGGCAGACGUGUUGACGUGCUUAAGUUCUGGACCAUGUGGAAGGCUAAGGGCACCACAGGUCUGGAAAAACACGUGGAACGGGUGUUUGAAAUGUCUCAGUUAUUCGCUGAUAAGAUCAGGUUCAGAGAAGGCUUCAAGUUGCUACUGGAACCAGAAUGCACCAACGUGUGCUUCUGGUACGAACCACCAUCUCUUCGGACGAAACGUGCUCACCCAGAGUACAACAAGCUUCUCAAUGCUGUCGCCCCGAAGAUCAAGGAGAGGAUGGUGAAGACCGGGUCAAUGAUGAUUACUUACCAGCCACUCAGAGGUCAACCUAACUUCUUCAGGCUGGUGUUGCAGAACUCCCAGGUCAACGAACAUGACAUCAACUAUUUUAUUGCACAGAUUGAACACCUGGGGAGAGAUCUCUAGUGGAAUUAAACGGUUCACAGAACCCACAAGUUGAUAAACAUGUCCAAUAGCUACAUAGUAGCCUUCUUCGGGCGAAUACAGAGCCAGCAGGUUUGGUAGUGAAAUGAAGGUGAUGGGAUCAGGCCAUCAACCUCGGAGGAAUGGCAUUUGAGGGGGGUCAGUCCCCUGCAACGUCUUCGAAAUCUUCCAAAUCACUUUCGACAGUAUUUAAGACACGGUUCUCAUGCCUCAACUUCACGUCGUUCCAGACCAUGGAGCUGGACUCUUCUCCAGACUGAGGGACUGACCACCUUGUUCCAGACCAUGGAGCUGAACUGUUCUCCAGGCUGAGGGACUGACCACCAUGUUCCAGACCAUGGAGCUGGACUCUUCUCCAGACUGAGGGACUGACCACCUUGUUCCAGACCAUGGAGCUGGACUCUUCUCCAGACUGAGGGACUGACCACCUUGUUCCAGACCAUGGAGCUGGACUCUUCUCCAGACUGAGGGACUGACCACCUUGUUCCACACCAUGGUGCUGAACUCUUCUCCAGGCUGAGGUACUGACCACCAUG